AUGGGCGGCGACGUGAUGCCCACCGCGGACAUGCUGGACGACGCGCUGCCGCUGUUCAGCUGCAUGGGCUGGUGCCAGGACGACGACGGCUGCCAGGGCGUCGUGACCCUCCAUGGGCUGGACCCCGGCCCCUGCUGGGUCCGAUCCCGCAUCGCGCUGUCCGAGUGCGCGACCGGCACGGGCUACGACCUGUGGACGAAGCAGCCCACACCGAAGGAGGCCCCCGGCACCGAGGCGAGCCGCGACGUGGCCGUCGCGGCCGAGGACAAGCCAGCCGAAGGCGUGAGCCGCGAGGCGUGGACGUUUCACGCUGGCCUGAACUGCGUCGACUCCCAGGGCGGCGAGGCGCUGCCCGAGCCCGACGGCCUCGGCGACGCCCUGCGCCUGGAGGCGUGCCAGGCGGCGUGCGAGCGGACGCCGCGGUGCGAGGGACUGCAGCGCCUGAACGGCCUAGACCUGGGCCCGUGCCUGCUCCGCACCAAGCUGGACGCGGGCAAGUGCCUGAUCGGCACCCCUUACGACCUGUACGCGUACGCGGCGCCAGUCGGCGCCGACAAGGGCCAGGUCGAUAUCCUCACCGUUGCACCUCAACGGCCAUCCCCGCAGCCGACUUCGCAGCCGACCCCGCGGCCGACCCCGCGGCCGACCCCGCGGCCGCCGACCCCGCGGCCGUCCAACAGGACUGCGAGGGAGAAGCACUCCAAGGCCGAUCCCGCGGCGAUUGCCGUGCCACCCAACGAGACUGGGAAGGAGAAGCGCGCAGAGGCCGACCCCGCGGCCGAUCCCUCGGCGGCGACGGUGGCCUCCAGCGGGACUGCGAAGAAGAAGAAGAAGCAGCAGAAGCAGCACUCAACGGCCUCGCCGUCGCCGAAGCCCACAGCCGCCCGGGCCCCGAAGCCGAAGCCGCCCCCGGUCAACGCGGCCCCGGGGCCGACCGAGGAGCCCCCGGCGGGAAAGCACGCCGGGGCUGCCCGGCGCCGGAGGGGCGCGGAGGGGCGAAAUCGCUCCGAGAAGAAGGCGCCGGGCUCCCCGUCCAUGUACUGCUUCGUCGUGGCGCGGGCUGGCACUUACGAGGUGGAGAACCUGAAGGUGCAGUUGGAGCAGAACGCGGGCAUCUACGGCUGCGACUCCACGGAGAUCCUCGGCGACGAUGCCUCCGUCGUGGACACGCACAUCGACCUGGUGGAUGCGGGCAUCUCCAAGGACAACACGUCCGCAAACGUAGGGACGUUCCUGCACGCCUGGCGCACGGUGGGCAAGGGCGGCCGCUACAAGGACUACGACUUCACGAUCAAGAUCGACCCGGACACAGUGCUGGUCGCACACCGCCUGCGGGCCCGGCUGGAGGGGCUGCGCGGCAACAAGUUCGUACCGAACUGCGACCUGCGGGACCGCUGGCCCGACUCGCCAGACUACCCGAUGAUGAUCGGCUCCAUCGAGAUCCUCUCGAGGGAGGCUGUGGACACGUGGCUAGGAGGGGAGGAGCGGUGCCGGCGAGAGCUGCCCUGGCAGACGCUCGGCGAGGACCUCUUCCUCCACAAGUGCCUGGCGCUCCUCGGUGCGGAGCCGGCCGCCGACUACGGCCUGCUGCAGGACGUCAACUGCCGCGGGGUGGACUGCCGCGCCUUCGAGGCCGCCGCCUUCCACCACUUCAAGUCGCCCGAGAAGUGGCUCGACUGCUGGGACCAGGCGGUCAGCGGAGGCGCCGUGCGGUGA